AUGCAAGGCGUUGAUGAUUCGAAUGGAAGCUUUAGAGCCGCUGUUGCGCUCAACAAUAUGGGUGUGCACUUCCUGGAGCGAGGGUCCUUUAGUCAGGCUCUCGUUACUCUCAAGGACAGUGUAGCCGUUCUAAAAGCCCUCUUCAAUUCAGAUCAAGCCAAGGUGGAGAAUCUUGUACAAUUUCCCCGUGAUGACCAAGUCCUUCGUAAACUGAAGCGAGCAGUGCAGCGUUCCUCUGAGCCCACCGCUUUAUCUCAGAUCGCAAAAGCGUCUUCUCGAACUCAAGUUUUGGAAAUCAAGGUUGUUUCACACAACGCAUACAAUCAUCCGAACCCAUCCAUCUGGUCCCCACAAACCCUUUGUCCGGUAAGGAUUGAAACUUUUGACGAAGACAGUGACUUUGGGAUAGAAACAGCCAUCGCCAUCUAUAACUGUGGCAUUGCCAACCUGUGCAUGUCAUGCGAUUGCCUUGAUCAAGGUCUUGCAGACGUUUUGAAGAACGACUCGUUGCGCCUUUUUCGCCUCUCCUCUUGCGUGCUCAAUCAUUACAGCUCGCUCCACGAAGAUGAUGGUGCGCAGUUUGUCGGUUUCCUUUGUCUGUAUGUAACCGUGAUGGAGAGAAUUGUCUAUGUUCUGGCCGAGCAGAACAAUGUUAUGCAUGCUCUCGAAGCCUCCGAAAAGCUACACGUAUUGAAAGCUCUCAUAAACGACUAUGAUGGGUUAUUUUUCUUCAGUGGGGUAGUGUCGUCAAUGGCAUCUGCCGCGUGA